GAAAAGGAAAGGAAGGGGGGAGAAAAAAAAAAGCAGGAUUAAUUUGUUUUUGAGCCUUGUUCUUGGUGUUGUUGUUGUUGUUUGUGCUUGCGGCGCAGUGGUGAGCACUCAGCCCGCGGUGAUGGACAUCAUGAGUGCGGUGCAGGAUGCGUGUGUCUCCGGUCAGUGGCUCACCGCGAUCAUCCUCAGCCUCUGCUGCUUUUUGCCUUCCUGCUUGCCAGCUGGACAAACUGUGGACUAUGCCUCGAGUGAGAGUGUGGUGAGCCGGCAAGGGGACACGGCGCUGCUCAGGUGCUACCUGUUGGACGGGAUCUCCAAAGGGGCGUGGUUAAACCGUUCCAGUAUAAUAUUCGCAGGGAAUGAUAAGUGGUCAGUGGAUCCUCGUGUAUCCAUCGUAUCAAACAUGGGCGACAAACACGAGUACAGUCUACAGAUACAGAAAGUGGACGUAACGGACGAAGGCUUCUACACCUGCUCGAUACAGAGCGAACGCAAUCCACGGCCAAAACUCAUCCAGUUAAUCGUCAAAGUUCCUCCCAAAAUAUACGACAUCUCAUCGGACAUCACGGUAAACGAAGGCGGCAAUAUUUCGCUCUUCUGUUUAGCCAGCGGGAAACCAGAGCCGAAAAUCACCUGGAGACACAUCAGCCCAUCAGCCAAGAAGUUCGAGAGCGGAGAAAACCUGAACAUAACCGGAAUAACUCGGGACGCAGCAGGAGAUUAUGAAUGUGGCGCCGAGAACGAUAUCGCUUCUCCCGACACCCGGACUGUGAAAGUCACCGUCAACUUUCCACCUUCUAUCCAUGAGAUGAAGGGCAACGCGGUCCGAACCGGUUACACAGCGCUGCUGAGGUGCGAGGCGGCUGCUGUCCCUACUCCGGUUUUCGAGUGGUACAAAGGAGAGAAGAGACUCAGCAAGGGUCAAGCGGGCAUCGAUAUCAAGAACGUGAGCUCCAGGUCCGUCCUCACAGUGAGUAACAUCACCGAGGAUCGCUAUGGCAACUACACCUGCGUGGCUGUCAACAAGCUGGGAAUGGCCAACGCCAGCGUGCCUCUGAUUCCGAUUAUUGAACCUCCGACUAGCGCUGUCACGACUAGCGCUGUCCCAAGUCCAGCCCCAAACACAGCUCAGUAUGGGACCACCGGAGGAGGGGAAGCCCUGCUGGCCUGCGGGUUCCUGGUGCUGGCUCUCAGCUCUCUGCUCUGCGUUUACUAG